AAGCUUUGCCUCCUACUUUUUGUUGGAAUCUGGGAGAGAAAAUUAUCCAGCAGAGGUAACGAAGUGGAGAAAAGAAAGAAAGAGAAAAAAGUUACACACCUUGGAAAUGUACUGGGUUCAUUUUUAGUCGUCUAAAAUGCAAGCGGACGUGCUUCACCGUGAAUUCAUUCGAGGAGGUUUUUGUGUGGUAGUGUGACCCUCCCUCUCCCUCAUCAUGCUGAGUUUCCUGCGCAGGACGCUGGGGCGACGCUCCAUCCGGAAACACGCAGAGAAAAGUCGGUUACGGGAAGCCCAGCGUGCCGUCACCCACAUCCCUGCUGCUGGGGACGCAAAGUCUGUCAUCACCUGCCGUGUGUCCUUACUGGACGGGACGGACGUCAGUGUGGAUUUGCCGAAAAAAGCCAAAGGGGAGGAGCUGUUUGACCAGAUCAUGUACCACCUGGACAUCGUAGAGAAGGACUACUUCGGCCUGCGCUUCAUGGACUCUGCACAAGUGGCGCACUGGCUUGACGUUACAAAAAGCAUCAAAAAGCAAGUGAAAAUUGGGCCACCAUACUGCCUUCACCUGAGAGUUAAGUUUUACUCCUCAGAACCCAACAACCUGCACGAGGAGCUCACCAGAUACCUUUUUGUUUUGCAGUUAAAGCAAGACAUCCUCAGUGGCAAGCUAGAAUGUCCGUUUGACACAGCGGUGGAGUUGGCUGCCUUCUCGUUACAGGCUGAACUCGGCGAUUGUGACCCAUUAGAACAUAAUCUGGACCUGGUGUCAGAAUUUCGCUUCAUCCCCAACCAGACGGAGGACGUGGAGCUAGCAAUAUACAACGCCUGGAAAGAGUGCAGAGGACAGAUGCCGGCCCAAGCUGAAAUUAACUACCUGAAUAAAGCCAAGUGGCUGGAAAUGUAUGGGGUGGACAUGCAUAUGGUCAAGGCUAGGGAUGGUAAUGAGUACAGUCUGGGUUUGACACCCACUGGAGUUCUGGUGUUUGAAGGAGAAACAAAGAUCGGGCUCUUCUUCUGGCCCAAGAUCACUUGUCUGGAUUUCAAGAAGAGCAAACUGACUCUGGUGGUAGUGGAGGACGAUGACCAGGGCAAAGAACAGGAGCACACCUUUGUCUUCAGGAUGGACCACCCUAAGGCCUGUAAGCACCUGUGGAAGUGUGCCGUGGAGCAUCAUGCUUUCUUUAGGCUGAGAGGGCCGGUACAGAAGAAUGCCGCCCAGUCCGGAUUCAUCCGCAUGGGGUCACGCUUCAGAUACAGUGGAAAAACGGAGUAUCAGACAACCAAGGGCAAUAAAGCGAGGCGCUCAGCAUCUUUUGAGAGAAGGCCCAGUCGACGUUACUCCAGAAGAACCAUGCAGAACAGAGGACCAUACCAUCCCCAAGAGAUUCUCUCCUCUGGCAAUGGCUUCAGUUCCAGCAGAGUAAACAAGGCUACUAACAUUAGAGGUGCAUGGUCAGCUAUGCCUGUGGUCAGCCCUGUAGCUCCUUCUGCCUGUGCACCCAUGGAAAUCGAGGCUCUACCCAGAAGCCCUGGAGGGGAAAAGAGGAGUUUGCCCAUGGUUACUGACCUGAUGGAGACGUGCAUUGAUGAUGUCCUCCGGGCUCCUGUCGUCCCCACGGCGAUGGCUGCAGACGACGCCGGAGCAAGCAGCACCUACGCCCCCCCAAGUGCCAACGGGGAGGAUCCUCUGGGUCUCGCUGAAGCAGCGGCCCGUCUGAAGCAGCUAGAGUUGGAGACCAGUCCGCUUGUUAGCACCCCAAAAAAUAACAUCAAUGUCAACAUGGCCAUGAAUAAUCAGGAGGAUGUGCUGAAGCUGACAGAGAAGUGUGCUCUGAGCAGUACAGGCAGCAGUCCUGCCGUCACUCCUCUGUGUGUCCCUGAGGAACUGAAGAGUAAUAUCCUGAAAGCACAAGCUGAGGCUGCCGUUCUCAAGGGAUCUUUGGAGGAACACGUCGUCAUUGUGGGAGAUAAAAACUGUAACGUGCAGGAGGCCUCGGUCAGGUUGAAGGUGCGUACGGGACGGAUGGGCAGUAACUCGUCUCUCUCUGUCAGCAGUCGCCCCGACAACCAGGACUCAUGGGACCUGCUCAAACCGGCCUCAGUGGUCUCAUCAGCCGGGGCCAGUGUCGAGAGGCUGGCUGAAGAUGUAAACCCGUCUGUCCCCAAGAUGCCCUCUGAGCCCGUCUGCGAAGGCAUGGCACCAAAGGUUAAAGCAGAGGUUGACCUGCCAAGCUCCGCCCCUCUGUCUGACAACCUGAUCGACUUCACCGAUCCAACUCCUGUGUUGCCUGCAGUGCCGCAGCCCAAGCCUGUCAUCACUCCUCGCUGGAUCAUUCCUACCACAGCUCCUCCCGGCGUCUUUACUAACGGCCUGCUCGACCUUGACCCCCCCGCUAAGGUCAACCCUCCUCUCCCUGCAGAAGUGGGAGCAGCUCUCACCCCAGUCCUCCCCCCGCGUAACAACAUCUCGGCCAGCACUGUGGGUCAGCCGCCAGCCCCGGAGGAUGGAGCCAAACUCAGAGGUCUCCUGACCACUGAGCUCUGAUGGAGAGAACGAGGAGCAGCCAUCACAACAUUCACCUCCCUGACUGCUCUCCCACCUCCCCAAGCUCCUCACCCAUCACACACACAAGCAAGCUGGACCAGAUGUGCUGAAGGAUGCAAGGAAAGAGGAAACAGGGAAGAGGCAAACCCUUCACUUCACACAGAGAAUAGAGAUAUGACCGUUCUUCACAAUAACACACAGCCUAGUUAAAACAACGUUUAGCACCAGUAUUAACUUCUUCAGAACACUUGUGAAUCCACUGUACGAGUUAGCGGUCAGUGUUUAAAUCUCAUGACACUGUAAGGUACAAGACUCAAAGGGGUAGGUGGUUUUUCCUCCCCCCUUUCUGAAUCGUGCUGUUUAUUGUUGCAUAUCCACUGGAUCCCUGCUGCUGUGAACACACACAGCAUGUAGAGCUGAAGAACACUGGACAAAGGACUAAAAUCUAUAAAAAAAGAAAGACUUAAAAUGUGGAUCCCAAACGCCUGGACUCUUAACAUGAUGGAUGUGACACUGUACUGUCCUUCUUUUUUUAAAUCCCACUCUAUACUUCAUUUACUGUGUUGGUAGCCACUGGAUAUGAGAACUUCACUGGAUUAUUUUUGCAACACUGGACCUUUUUUUUUUGACGACACUAGAGGUGACCACUUUAAUUUCUCAACAGUUUUUAUUAUCCUGCUCUUUAUUUUUACUUGUGUUUAAUUUGCCCAUCAUAGUUGUCAUAUUUUUGUAGCAGCAUAAGGACGUUUCGAACAUCACUACCGUACAAUUGUUCUGUGUCUUUUUAUGGAUCUCAUCAGGAUUUAUAAAUAUGAUCAUAUACUUGGUUUCCUCUUGAAAUCUCUGCCUCUACCUGUGACAAUUUUUCAUUCACAGUCAUUUCUAUGUUUGUAAUGUGAAUGCAGGAGUGUUACUGUGGAAAACUUUAAAGUCCACUGUGAUCCCAGCUCGAUUACCAAACUGGAUAUCUUAAUUAAUAUAACACUGGAAUUACAGCGGGGUAUUCAGGCCUUUUUAGGAAAAUAAAUAUAACCACAAGCUGGGGGAGGAGCUGUGAUAUUCCAAUAUGUUUUAUCUGAGAACAAAAGGGUUUGUUGUUCACAAAAACUCACCAAUCUAAGACAGAAAAUAAUAACCGUUGAAAAUACAGUCAGAAAAGUGACAAAAAGCACCAUAUCUAGUUGUUUCUUUCUCAUAAUUUCUUAACUUUUCUUAAUUUUUGAGACUUUUUUUAUACAAAUACAUUACUUUAUAGUUUAUAUAAUUUGGAGACUAUGGAAGAGUAAUCUGAGAAUAAGUAGUUACAUAUAAAUUUAAAAAAAAAUAUAUCUCUGAAUAUCGCCCCCCUCCCUCUGCUUUAUUUUUUAAAUAGGCCUCAAUAUGUCCUGUUGUUCCACAUCUCUCCUGGUAUUAACGUGCUGUAGAUAUUGCCCUGCCUUAUGGAAAUGAAUGUAUUCAAAAAAUCUCUUCGGAGAAUGCUGGAGAAGAUACAGUAUGAAAACGUGUUGAUCUAAAUGUGCUGACAUACCUGGAGGAAAACAUGUGAAGUAUCUUUAAAAGCUGGUUUUAAAAAUGUGAAAUCGAGGCCUACUUAUACAUUUUCUGAGUUAUUAAUGACUUUUAUUUUUAUUUUUGAUCUCAGUCCCCUGUUCGUAAUAACCACCCUGUCUGGACGCUCACUUAAAUGAUGUCUGAAGGUGAUCUGUCCCGAACACGGGAAGCUGACCGACUGUUUUUACCAUGUCUUCUUAGCAGCGACAGUUAUUUAUGCUAUCCUCAGUGUAAUUGUUCAAAUAUUACAUGUUGUCCAAAAGUGUUGUAGCGUGCAGUUAUGUAUUGUCAGUAUAAUGACAUCAGCUGGCUGUAGAUAUGAAGUAGAUUUAUAUAUAUUUUUUGAAAAUGAUGUUGGCAGUAUACACACUGAGCAGAUAUCUGCAUUGUUGUAUUUUCUAAUGAAGUAGGGAACAUUUUACUGAUCAUCUGACUAGAAAACAAGUAGUGACGUCUCAAAUGCAAUUUUAUAUAAACUUUUAUUAUUUUUUCUGGAAUACCUGAUCAUAAUUCAGUAAAGCUUUGCUACAGUAGGA